AUGUAUCAAUAUUGCCCUGUGCAAAUUACUAAUUUGGAUCAAAAGAGUACUCCAGAAAAGGGAUAUGUCGACUCACUGAGUCCCUAUUAUGUAGUGUCAAAUGGAUUCACUGGCCUGCUGGUAAGCGAUUCACAGAAAAUACCCCAAGGAUACGUCUCCUCCGAUGGCAAUGACAUUGGACCCAAGGCGGAGGCCGAUAAAUGGAGAAAGUACUUGGCCUCGCAAAGGAUAUUAAAUAUAUUUUGUUUGUUGCUGAUUUUAUGGUUUAUAGGGAUCAUCAUCUUUGGGAUAAUCUAUGCCUUUUGCUGUUCUAAAUGCAGAAGUGUACAUGUGGCCAGCCCGGGAAAGCGCUAUUGCCUGGGUUCCCUCCUCGGCCUCCUAGCUCUGGCCAUGAUUUUGAUCCUUAUACUUGCCAUCCUUGCCACUGUCCAGUUGAAAAAAAACCUUCAGUCCUUGCCCAGAAAAGGCCAUUGCCAUACGAGUAACUCAAGUACGACGGUCAAUGAUGAUGGUGACAUGAUGGACACAAUCUCUGAACCGUUGCGAAAGCUUUACGUAAGAAAUUACCAGGAUCUCCCCAAAAAGGUGGAGGAUAGCCUGGAGAAUAAACCCCAUUCCUUUGGCGAAGUGAAGGCCCUGGCGAAAACCAUUCAAAACCUGGGCCAGGGAUUUAAAAACCUACCGAAGGUUCAAACACUUCUGGAUGAUUUUAAAAGGGACUUGGCCAAAGGCAGACGGUUGGCCACUCAGUUAAGGGAUGGAUUGCGUGGUGUCAAGCGGGAGCUAAUGGUGCAUCUGAUCUCAGGGUGUAAAAACAGUCAGUGUCAGGACUUUUAUCGUCAGAAUGAGAUAAGGAUACUGGACCUGGGUUGCCUGCAUUAUGAUAGUUUGCCCGAUACUGAGGACUUCCUGAAAGGCAUUCAGGAGCUAUCAAAGAGUACUUUUGCAUCAUAUCCUGAAGAGGCAGCCAAACAAUUGCUAAGUAUUGCCAGUGCCUUUAAGGAUCACCUGAACAGAUUGCUUAAAGUAGUCCACGAGGGUUUGGAAAAGGGAGCUAAGAAUCUCCAAGAAAAGCAUAAAGCAUCCUUGGAAGUUUUCAAAAAAGUGUUGCAGGAUAAGAAAGAGGAUUCGAAAUCAACGAUAAGGAAGGCCGCCUCAUCCCCACCAUUUAAGGCCCUGCGACGCAAGCUCGGCUCCUCCUGGUAUGCUACCACGCUAAUCAUUCUUUGCUUUCUGAUGGUGGUGCCGCUGCUCCUCCUCAUCAGUCUGCUGAUCGUGUUCUCCAGUCCCCGAGUGGCCACCUGGCUUUUAUGCCUCGCUACACUCACCAUCUUUGUCCUGUUUUGGUUGAUCAUAAUACCUUUGCUUUUCUAUCUGGUACAUGGGGCUCUUUUGUAUCACGCAUUCUGUUCUGGGUAAUUAUUUUAUAAAAAAUGCUUUAAAGAUUAAUAAUAUAAAUAUUACAGAGGGGCAGGAUCAUCCAAAGGAUUAACUAAGUCUCAUUCGGAAACUGAUAUCCGAAAGGUCCUGCGGCACUGCGUUAACAAUGACACCCUUUACAAUGCUUUGGGUCUGAAGGAUCAUUACAACUUGGACGGCUUUCGCAGUGACUUGCUGGACGAUAUAAACAAGGACCUAAAAAAUCUAGAGAGUGCAUCAAUCCCGACAGACCUUAAGCCCAUUCACCCGAAGGCCGACGAUGAGGCCCAGAAGCUCCUCAAGAGCAACCUCUCCGGAUACAAUAGCACCAUGUUUACCCAGCAUAUUUGCAGGCAGCUGGUGCCCGAACCCAAGCCAGGACCUUUGCCGGAGGUGAUUCGGAACCUAGAAAGCCUUUCAGGAAGGGUAGAUGCCGGCCCCGUCCUGCAAAAUCAGGCCAUUCACCUAAGGGCUUUCCAUAAUAACCUGGCUGAACCCUUGCUCAGGAUCCUAGAGAAGCUCCUACGUGCCCUCAAGGGUGUGGACAAUGUGUUAGCAGGAGGUUUUGGCAGCUUCGCCAAACAUAUAACCCAAAUACUGGCGAAGAUCAAGCAGGGCGAUGAGUAUCUUAACCAGGAUAUGAAUAAGUUCAGUCGCAACAUCAACGAUGUAGUGGAGAGUAAGCUGGAUGACUACAUUCGCAAGGUGGACGAGGCCACCCACGAUGCGGAGGCGAUAUGUGAGCCUCUGACUCGCAGAGAUUCGAAGGCCAUGAAGGAUUAUACGGAUCUAUGCAACCGCAUUGUUAAACCCAUAAAUGGAAUCUGGUUUGGGCUAUUCCUUUUCGCCUGCCUGCUGCUUCCUGCCCUGUUCUGUACCCACUACUUGCGAUGUGGUCUGAGGGGUUUGGGCUUCCGUUCCGCCGCCACACUGGUUUCCGUGGGAGAGGAGAACCUUGUGGCCCCAACUAUGAUUCCGGUGUCCUUGCCUCGCUGCUACUGCUAUAAAUACUUGCCCGCCCAUCAGGAAUCGAAUGUGGAUGACGACUUCUAUUGGGAUGUGGCCAAACACAAGAGGGAGUAG